CAGCGAAGAAUCUAGAACAGAACACAUAGCCUCACGAAGGAGAGGAGCGAGGGAUAAAAUCCUUUCUCUCCGACGCAAAGCCAGCCAGCGAGCCAGCGAGGGGGGGAGAGAGAGAGAGGGGGUGAGGUCGAGGCGAGCGUCGACCGGUCGUUCGGUGUGAGGAGGAAGAGGAAGAGAUCGCCGGAGAAGAGGAGGCGGACGAGAAGAGAUGUUUCUGGUGGAUUGGUUCUACGGGGUGCUGGCGUCGCUGGGGCUGUGGCAGAAGGAGGCCAAGAUCCUCUUCCUCGGCCUGGACAACGCCGGCAAGACCACCCUCCUCCACAUGCUCAAGGACGAGCGGCUGGUGCAGCACCAGCCGACGCAGUACCCGACGUCGGAGGAGCUGAGCAUCGGCCAGAUCAAGUUCAAGACCUUCGAUCUCGGUGGCCACCAGAUCGCCCGCCGAGUCUGGAAGGACUACUACGCCAAGGUGGAUGCGGUUGUUUACUUGGUGGACGCUGCUGACAAGGAACGGUUUGCAGAGUCGAAGAAGGAGUUGGACGGCCUUCUUUCAGAUGACUCCCUAGCGAAUGUGCCUUUCCUCGUACUGGGUAACAAGAUCGACAUACCUAUCGCAGCAUCCGAGGAGGAGCUGCGCUACUACCUUGGGCUGAGCAACUUCACCACUGGGAAGGGCAACGUGAACUUGUCGGAUUCAAAUGUGCGGCCCCUGGAGGUGUUCAUGUGCAGCAUCGUCCGCAAGAUGGGCUACGGCGAAGGUUUCAAAUGGAUGUCCCAGUACAUCAAGUGAAGGGCCGUCCUGCUGUCCACUGUGGCAGUAUUCAGGUCCUGGUUCUUUUGCCCGUCUCCUCAUCCUUGAUGCUCUGGGGAAAACUGCUGCUGUAAGAAAAGGUUUAUCUUUGUGAUAGGGAAAGCUUGUAAGUUGACGAUAAUCCUAGAUAUAUGGUCGCGUAAAUUUGUUUGAGUGUUCGUGUGUAAGGUGAUUUUAUUAGUUACAGUGUGGUUGCUGGGAUCAUUUGUAGACUAUGGGAAGUGUCUCAGCUAUUGUAAUCUGUCAUCUCAGUCGGUGAAAUGUUUGUUACUACCAGCUUAGAAUAUGUUGGUGAAACUUUUUGAGCAA